AUGCCUUUAAACUACGUAAGCAUCUGCAUCGCUUUAUAUGACUAUACAGCUCAAACCGAUGAUGAGCUUUCUUUUCAUGAAGACGAUGUUCUUUAUAUACUAGAAAAUGACGAAGAAGAUUGGUGGAAAGCGAAAUUAAAGAGCGCCAACACCGAAGGUGAACACCUGAUCGGACUUGUUCCUCGUAAUUAUAUUCAGGAAGCUGAAUGUACUGCUGUUUUAAGAGCUCUUUGGGAUUUUGAGGCUAGUUCGGAAGAAGAGAUUUCAUUUAAAGAGGAUGAUAUGUUAAAUUUAUAUGAAGAAGCUGAGGAUGGUUGGUUUUUGGUCAAAUUUAACGAUGUAUUCGGUAUGAUUCCUCCAAAUUAUGUUGAAAAGACAAAUAAAGCAAAACCAGUAUCAUUAUUUGACGCUUUGUCAAGCGCGAAUAAUACAUAUGUUGAUCCAUUAAAAUUAUAUGCUGUAAAAGCCGCUCGUCCAAAAGCUGGAUCAUCAGUAAAUGAAAGCAAAACUUGGUCUGUCACGGAACUUGUUGGUGAUAAGAAAAAACAAAAGAAGAAAGGUACUUUGGCGAUUGGUAAUGGUAAAGUCAUUUUUGCCAGUGAGUCUGAUAAGGCGCCUGUUCGCCAGUGGGAAAUUAAUGAUAUUACAGAUAUUAAUAAAGAUAAAAAAAAUAUUUCAUUCAUAUUUGGAGGUUCUAAGGGAGGAACAAUUGAUUUUCAUGCCAAUAAAAAUAUUAUUAUGGAAAUUUUUCAAAAAGCGGAAGAUUGUCGUGCUAGUAUAGAAAUUCCUACAGUGAAGGUGGAUAAUGCAUCAAUCAGAUCAAGUAUAGUUAGCCCUACAUCAACUUCUUCUUCACGUCCUUCAUCAACUCAUAAAUCGAUAGUGUAUGAAGAGCCUCAAGGAUAUGAGAAUGAUGAACAAGAUAUAUCAAAUUCAUAUAAUAACGUUCCUGAGAUUACUGUAGAAGAGAAUGAUGUAGAAGAAAAUGAAUUUUUGUCACCUAAAUUUGGUGUAGCACUAUAUGAUUUUGAUGCUCAAGGAGACGAUGAAGUUUCAAUUCGUGAAGGCGAUGAAUUAUGGGUUAUUGAUGAUGUUAGCAGUGAAGAAUGGUGGAAGAUUAAAAAAGGAGAUGAAGAAGGGGUUGUACCCGCUUCUUUUAUUGAGGCGAAGGACAAUGAGGCUGAGAUGGCUGCACAAGUUGCAGCCGCUGAAGCAGCCGCUGAAGCAGAACGUCAACAAUUCGAAAAAGAGGAACGUAUUAAACGUGAAGAAGAAAGAAGGCGUCGUCAACGUGACGACGAAGAACGUAAACGACGUGAAGCAGAAAAACGUGUUCUAGAGGAGAAGAAACGAAAAGAAGCUCAAUCACAGCUAGCACCCCCUCCUCCAAUUUUACCAAAUCGACCAAUUCGGGCGAAUCCCUCUUUAGAAGAAGCAGCUGUGAAAAAAAUUCUAACGCCUGCAAACCGCGCAUUGCCUGAACGACCAGCGCAAGCUCAAUCUAAAUCCAAACCAAUUCCGUCAAAUACAAGGACUUGGACUGAUCGAACAGGUUCUUUUAAAGUUGAAGCACAAUUCUUAGAAUUAAUCGAUGGCAAAGUACACCUUCACAAACUUAAUGGUGUUAAGAUUGCUGUUCCUGUCGAUAAAAUGAGCAAAGAAGAUCUUGCUUACCUUGAGGAAGUAACAGGAGAGAAAGUUUAUGAUAAGAAUGAUGAUACCCCACUAGCUGCUAUUGCCGCUGCGUAUAAAGGCAAGGCGAGAUUAUCAAAUAAUUACGCGAUUGAUUAUGAUUGGUAUGAUUUCUUCCUUCAUGCUGAUGUCUCACAUGAGGAUGCAUUCGAGUAUGCUAAAAAGUUUCUCGCAGAGAAGAUGGAUGAGAGUUCGAUUCCUGAUCUCAAUCGUGAUGUCAUGAAGGGACUUGGUAUCAAGGAGGGGGAUAUUAUCAGGAUUAAGAAAUACAUAGAUCAAAGGUAUAAUUUUGGGAAAAAGAGAAACGUUAGUUUUGGUUCAACUAGUGUCAUUCCUGAUGAUAUAGAUAUACAAUCGAAGAGCAAACAGAGUGCAAGAAAAUCACAGCCUGAGGAUAUUCAAAAAGCGCAACAGCUUUUGGAAUUUGAUAUGAAAAUACAAUUGAAGCGUGAUGAACAAUUGGCUAGGGAACUUCAAGAAGAGGAGAACAGAAUAGCUCGAAGUGAAGGUCGUCAAAUUCCGAAGGCUGCUGAUCUAUAUAGUAAUUUAGAUUCGAUUAUACAGAAAGAAGAGAAAAAGACACUAACAACAACACCACAACUUUUUGCUGCCAAUAAUGGCGUGUUAAAAAAUAAUACAAAGAAGGCUCGCCCCCAACCCACAAAGGCAGCAUCAAUUCAGAUUGAUGCUACAACUCUUGCUAAUUCUAAAGGAUCAUUUGAUGAUGCUUUUAAGUCAUCUUCAACGACAUCAACAGAAAGCAAAUUUGAUGAUGAUGCAUGGGUUUCUAAAGAUUUAACGCCACCUUUAGUACCUACAGUAAAAACUUCAACUCCCCCCGUAAAUCAAAAUCAAAUAUCAUUACACCUUCCAUCUACAAUACCCAGCUCAAAUACAAUGGGACAACUUAGCUGGCAUUCAAAUAAUAUGAACUUCCAACCAUCACAACCAAAUCAGGUUCACGCUCCUACUCCUCCACCAGUUCCCCCACCACCGCCAUCUCAAUCCAUUGUUCCUUUGAAUAGUUUGCUUCAUCAACCUUUAAUUCCUGCAAAACCAGCUAGUUUGAAUACAAAUAAUAAUAUUCAAGGAAAUAAUAUGAUGAAUAUUCAAAGAUCAAAUUCCACGGGUAGUUUUCAAGGGAUGGGAACAGGAAAUUUAUCCGGACCUGUUGUCAGUAAUUUUAAUUCCUCUAUAAAUACUUGGAGUUCUGCGAGUCUAACGACAUCUACGUUAACAAAUUCUACUUCAGGAUACAAUUUAUCAAAUAAUGUAUUUGCUUCAAUGAAAAAUGGUCAAUUUGGACCAAUUGCACCAUCAAGUAACUUUAAUGCUAAUGUUUCGCAAGAUAAAUAUUCUGCUUUGAAACAGGUGGAUCCUAACGCUCCGAGUGUCUUCAGCAAUUCGAAUUCAUCAAAUGGAUUGGGUUUUGGUCAAAAACAAGGCGGAUUUAUUAAUUCCAAUCAGACAAACUGGAGUCAAAAUAAUCUUGGGUUCCCUCAACAAACUUCUAAUUUUGGGAUGAGCGGACAGAAUUCUGGUUUUGGUGGACAACCAAAUCAAAUGGGAUUAAAUCCGCAAGUAUUCAAUCCGAAUCAGGGAGUAAAUAUUAAUCCCGGAACGAAUCAAGGAUUUGUACCCAAUCAAAAUUUCAAUAUUAAUCAACAGCACCCUGGAAGACAGUGGUAA